AUGGGAUAUGCCACUGCCACACCGGCAGGUAUCGAGAGGAUCAAAGUGAAGAAUCCAGUGGUUGAGAUUGAUGGUGAUGAGAUGACUAGAAUCAUCUGGAAGAAGAUCAGAGAGGAGCUCAUCUUACCUUACGUCGACGUUGAUCUCAAAUAUUACGACUUAGGGAUGGAGAACCGAGACGCCACAAACGAUCAAGUUACUAUCGACUCUGCAGAAGCUAUCAAGAAGUAUUCCGUAGGAGUGAAAUGCGCUACUAUAACACCUGAUGAAGCCAGAGUGAAAGAAUUCAACUUGAAGGAAAUGUGGAGAAGUCCAAAUGGUACUAUCCGAAAUAUCCUUGGCGGAACUGUAUUCAGAGAACCUAUCAUCCUUGAGAAAAUCCCUAAGCCCGUUCCAGGAUGGACUCAGCCUAUUGUCAUAGGAAGACAUGCCUUUGGUGAUCAGUACCGAUCCACAGAUUUCAUCUCUCCUGGUCCAGGUAAACUCACUCUGACUUACACUCCAGCAGACGGAGGUAAACCCACCGAAUUGAAUGUAUACGAUUUCAAGGGAAAGGGAGUAGCUUUGGCAAUGUACAAUACCGAUGAAUCUAUCUAUGGUUUCGCUCAUGCUAGUUUCAAGAUGGCCAUCAGUAAGAAAAUGACUUUGUUCAUGUCUACCAAGAAUACCAUCCUGAAGAAAUAUGAUGGCAGAUUCAAGGAUAUCUUCGAAGAGGUCUAUGAAUCAACCUACAAAUCUGAAUUUGAGAAACUUGGUAUCUACUACGAACACCGAUUGAUUGACGAUAUGGUCGCUCAAGCUAUCAAAUCCUCAGGAGGAUUCGUUUGGGCUUGUAAGAACUACGAUGGAGAUGUUAUGAGCGAUAUCCUCGCUCAGGGAUUCGGUUCCUUGGGAAUGAUGACCUCUGAACUAAUCACACCGGACGGUAAGACGAUGGAAGCGGAGGCAGCCCACGGAACAGUCACUCGACAUUAUAGACAGUACCAACAAGGACAAGAAACUUCCACCAACCCCGUCGCUUCGAUCUUCGCUUGGACCAGGGGUUUGGCUUUCAGAGCUAAAUUGGAUGAUACACCUGCGUUAGGGGAAUUUGCCAAGUCGUUGGAAGAAUCUUGUGUGGAGGUCAUUGAUAAAGAUGGAAUAAUGACUAAAGAUCUUGCGUUGGCUAUGAAAGGGAAGAAUAUGACUAGAGAUGAUUGGGUGACGACGGAUGUGUAUAUGAAGAAGGUUGAAGAAAGACUGAUUGAGAAGCUCAAGGCGAGGAUAUAA